UAAUGUGCGAGCUAGACAUCCUAUGGGUAGGGGAGCCGAUGCAAUAGCCAGUAAAGCAUCAGUGCGCAUGCUGCCUGCCACACGGAGGUUUUCGCUUUCGCCGUUCCUGGAUUUUCUGCUCCCUGCUGUUUCUGUUGCCGGUUGCUCUCUUGAAAAUCGCGUGCGUGUGUAAGAACGCAGUAGUAACGAGUAAAUUCGACAUAAUCGAUAAAUUGGGAGCUCCGGCUGACAUUGUUUGCAAUAAUUAGGAGAAAAAAAGGUAAUUUGUGAAGGGGCGUCCUCGGCUUCGCGAGGUUAGGUUCUCCGAGGAUGCGACUAAUUUCGUCAUUCUCGUUGCGCGAGGAUUUACACCCUCGAUUCAAUCUGCCGAUGUGAAUUUCACCGGCUUGGAACUCUCGUCAAAUAAUUCGCAGGUGAGCAGAAGCUGCGACACGUUGGACACUGGAGCAUUGCAGGACAAUUGAAGAAGAAGAAAACUAAAAAAAACUGAAGGAAAGCGCGAGAGAACAUUUUGGCGAGAAUAUAUAAUAGUUUUGCCAAAAUAACACUUCCAAGAUGGCGUACGACGACGUUAUACUGCGAAUGGGCGAGUUUGGAAAAUAUCAACGACGGAUCUACUUGCUGCUUUGUCUUCCCGCAAUAUCUUGCGCCUUUCACAAACUCGCCGGAGUCUUUCUCGGCGCCAAAAUGAAUACGAGGUGUAUAUUGCCGUACGAAAACCCUGAUAACGCGAGUUACGCGUUACCCACCGAUGUUAUGAAUGCGAGUUAUCCGUGGGAUGAAGAAACCAACGGUUGGUCACAAUGCGCUACAAAAACGGCCCUCGACAUUGCUCUAAAUUUAACGAGACUAAACGUUUCCGGUAUCGAGGACGAUAACGGAAAUGAAUUUACGAGCGAAAUCGCGAAAAAACCAUUGCACCAAGAAACCGUACCGUGCAAAAGUUACGUAUUCGAUACGAGCGUUUAUCACAGCACUACUACCUCUGAAUGGAAUUUGGUUUGCGAUCGAUUGUGGCUGAGAGCUACGGGGGAUUCAUUGUUCAUGGUAGGAGUCAUGCUUGGCUCGAUGAUAUUCGGCGGUUUGUCCGACAAAUAUGGACGUAGACCAAUUUUCUUCCUGUCUUUAGUCAUCCAGCUGGUCGGAGGAAUUCUAGUCGCUGUUACCCCUGAGUACAUAUCAUACGUUAUCUUCAGAUUGAUUGUCGGAUCAACUACGAGCGGCGUUUUCCUCGUGGCCUACGUUAUCGCUCUCGAAAUGGUGGGACCUUCGAAACGACUGGUCGCCGGUGUUGGAUGUCAGUUAUUCUUCACCACCGGAUAUAUCCUCACAGCCGCUUUUGCCGCUCUCAUUAAAGACUGGCGAAUGCUACAAAUUGCGAUAACCGUGCCCAGUUUCGUUUUUCUCGUUUAUUGGUGGAUUAUCCCCGAGUCCGCUCGUUGGCUGUUGACUAAAGGACGCACUGAAGAAGCGAAGGAUAUUUUGCACAAAGCUUCGAAGGAAAACGGUGUCGAAAUACCACGCGACAGCCUCGAAACGUUGCUCAGCGAUAACACGGACGGCGAAACAGCACCUGACAUAAGGAAACCUUCGUUGCUCGAUCUCUUCCGCUACCCAAAUCUACGACGGAAAUCGAUGCUUUUGUUCUUCAAUUGGCUCGUGAACAGUGGAACUUACUACGGUCUCUCGUGGAAUGCGUCGAAUCUCGGAGGCAACGAUUACGUGAAUUUUGUUAUAUCAGGAGUCGUCGAAGUGCCUGCGUACACUUUCCUUAUUUUUACUCUCGAUCGGUGGGGCAGAAAAACAAUUUUGUGCGGAUGCAUGCUUGUUUCGGGAGUCGCACUUCUCGCAACGCUGUUUGUCCCUCCCGGAAUGCCCUGGCUCGUCGUAACACUCGCCAUGAUCGGUAAAUUAGCAAUAACGUCGUCGUACGGUGCUAUCUACAUAUUUACUGCCGAACAAUUCCCUACAGUUGUAAGGAACGUUGGACUCGGUGCUAGUUCGACUUUCGCUCGCAUAGGCGGAGUCAUAGCGCCUUACAUCAACCAUUUGUCGGAAAUUUGGACUCCUUUCCCUUUGGUGAUUUUCGGUACGUGCGCUUUAAUCGGAGGUGUAGUCUCGCUGUUGCUGCCAGAGACGUUGAACAAAAAAUUACCAGAGUCCAUACAGGAUGGCGAAUUGUUCGGAAAGAAAGAGUCGAGUAUUGAAAAGGAGAAGAGAAAAAGGCGUAGACAGCAGCAGCAUUUGGACGAGCAAUUGAACGAGAUAGAGUCCAUAAAGCCCCUAAAACCACAAGAGAACGGAGUACAUGAUCGGAAACAAAAUGGAUGACAUUAGUGACGAAUCCCGAAGUAAUUUUCCCUCCGGAUAUUUGUAAAAGUGGAAUGGGUGUGAUUGGCAGUAUUUAUCGCAAUUUCAUCGAUCAUAAAUGAGCACGGAGGCAUCGUGCUGAAAAGCUGAGGCGAAAAGCGUCAAAAAAGCUGUCCAUUUAUCGGUGGCUGCAGGUUGCCGGUAUGCUCGAAUCAACGAAUUGAAAAUGAAAAGAAAAGGGACAAACAAAAAAAAUCACGAAUUGAUGUCAGAGUUCGGAAACUCUUUAAAAAAAAAAAAGAAAAAAUGAAGACGAAAAUCGCCCUCCCCAUCCUUCAUAGUUCAUACUUAAACAUUACGUAAGUUUAGCCGUUAUUAAAUCUCUAUUCUUGUAUCUUUUAACGAGAAAAAAACAAAACAAUCAUCAACAAAUAAUGAGAAAUGCACAGUUCGGUCCCCGACAGUUGGACCAGCCGAAAUCGAAAACACAAAAAUAAAAUUUUGCUAUAAUUUAUAUUUUUAUUUGAACAAUGUUCAGCCAAAAUCGAAAACCUAACGAUUAAACUGCUCCGUUAUAUUUUAUAUUCGCACAAUGCUCAUCGACUAAACGAUUUUUUGACACGCAAAGAUUUGACUGAACUAGCAGCUUGCGCGCAUUGCUGAAACGAAUAAUUUAUAUAAUCAGUGUGUUUACAUUACUGUGUGUUCUACGACAGAACAAUUAACGAAAAAAAAUUCGUCUCGACCGAAACAGGUCCCUGCCCUCUCGCUGCUAGCACAAUUCUUUUCCUCGUCACUUAUUUCGUACGCAUUAAUUAACUACAUGUCUCAUGUAAGAGGUCGACAAAUUUUUAAUUAUCUCUUUUAUGUAUACUAUUCGUGUAAAUGCAAUGCCAAAUACAGGUGAAAGCUUUUACAGA